AUGAGAGGCGGCGGGCUAGGGAGCACCGGGGCGGUACUGGCUCUAGCGUUGCUGCUGGCAGGCGUUAGCACGCCGCGAAUAGGAGCUGCUGCGAUUUCUCUGGGCAACCAGACGCACGGCUGGGUGGAGGUGGUGGCGUGGAAGCCGAGGGCCCUGCUGCUGCAUGGCUUCCUUUCGCAUGCAGAGUGCGACCACAUCAUACGGGUGGCCGAUCCCAGCCUGGAGCGCAGCACAGUUGUGUCUCCCGAGGGCGGGUCGAUGCUGGACGAAAUACGCACCAGCUCUGGCAUGUUUAUUCUCAAGGGCCACGACGCCGUGAUAUCCGGCUUGGAGGAGCGGGUGGCAGCGCUGACCCACCUGCCCGUGUCCCACCAGGAGGACCUGCAAGUGCUGCGGUACGAGCUGGGCCAGAAGUACAGCGCCCACUGGGAUAUCAACGACUCGCCCGAGCGAGCGCAGCAGAUGCGGGCCAAGGGCGUGCUGGGGGGCCUGCGCACCGCCACCCUGCUCAUGUACCUGUCGGACGUGGAGGAGGGAGGCGAGACGGCUUUCCCGCACGGCCGCUGGCUGGAUGAGGGGGUGCAGGCGGCGCCGCCCUACACCGAGUGCGCAUCCAAAGGGGUGGUGGUCAAGCCGCGCAAGGGGGAUGCCAUUCUCUUCUUCUCGCUAAAGUUGAAUGGCCAGAAGAAAGACGUGUACAGCCUGCACGCAGGCUGUCCCGUGGUGCGCGGCGUCAAGUACUCGGCCACCAAAUGGGUACACGUGGAGCCGUUUGGGCACACCACGGUGCAGCAGCCAAGCCGGUGCGAGGAUGCACGGGUGGAGUGCCCGCAGUGGGCGGCGGCAGGGGAGUGCGACAGCAACCCGGUAUACAUGAAAGGCAGCGAGGUCAGCGUGGGCAGCUGCCGGCUGUCGUGCAAGGUGUGCCGGCCGUGCCCCAAGGGCGAUGUGCUGUGCGAGCGGGAGAAUGCGCGGGCGCGGUAG